AUGUCGACCAGGGUUCAGCGUAAACUUGAGUUCCCUGUGCGUAAAUCAACAAGAUCGCAAGCAAAGAAGGAUGUGACCCCAUGUCCAAGCCAAUCACUUUGUUCUCCACAGCGACCCAGACAGAAGCUGUCUGUUAAGCCAAAGCUUGAGUCUCCAAGAAAGAGAAUUGGCAGUGAUGAUGAUGAAGAAAAUAUACAACCAACAGGGAUUUCUCCAAGUAAGAUGCGGAAAGAAAAUCGUCCUACACCACGAAAAGAUGAAACACCAACACUGGGAAAGUCCAAGGCUAAACUAGUUUAUGGAAAUAACAGAAACAGUGACGGACCAAGCUCACCCUUGAGAGAUUCUAUGCCUUUGGGGCUCAGCUCGCCUGUAAAAGUCGCGCCCCUCACCCCAAGGAAAGACAACGUCCAAAAUAUUCUGAAUUCACCAUUGAAGGGGAAAUCUAGUUCAACUCCAAGUAAAGGGAGAAAACUCCAAUUAAGCUCGCCAUUGAAAGUGAAGCCCCUUACUCCGAAAAAGGUUGAAGAAAAUUCGCACAGAAAAUCCACACCAUCUCUCAAGCUGAAAAAGCAGGAUGGACAAUUAUAUCACAAAGCCAAGCAGUCCUUCCAUACAGCUAAGCCCGAGAGACUUGUAGGGAGAGAUACAGAAACGGAAGAAAUUUCAGCCUUCGUAAAAGGACACAUGUCUAAGAAAACCGCUGGUAGCAUCUACAUAUCUGGUGCUCCAGGCACUGGGAAGACUGCCGUUCUUACACACAUCCUCGAUAACGUACAGGCGUCCCACAGCUGUAAGCCGGUAUACCUUAAUUGUAUGACGCUGAAGGACUCGGCCACUGUGUAUGGUAAACUGUACACCGACCUGACAGGCAAAUCUCCACCAUCUGCCAAGGAUAGACUCCGGGCCGUAGAGAGACACCUGACUUCUACUGGGCCUAGCAUAAUCAUGGUUUUGGACGAGAUCGACCAGCUGGAUAGUAAAAAUCAAGAGAUUCUAUACACAAUCUUUGAGUGGCCAUCAAUGACCAAAUCAAGGCUGAUACUUAUAGGGAUUGCCAAUGCCUUGGACCUCACAGACAGAAUCCUCCCACGACUCCAAGCCAGGCCAAAGUGUAAACCGAAGCUACUCAACUUCGCUCCUUAUAGCAAGGACCAAAUUGCUGCGAUUCUAAAGGACAGAAUUGCAAAGCUUGAGAGUGAGGGAGUGGCAGUAAUGGAGAACAGUGCCAUACAGUUCUGUGCGCGGAAGAUCUCGGCCGUAGCUGGUGACAUGAGGAAGGCAUUGGACGUGUGUCGUAGGGCAGUAGAGAUGGUCGAGACAGAAGUCCGCAGCCAGCAGGUUCUCAAGUCAAAUACAACAUUGAACAGUCCUUCCAAACGGCCACCAGCCAUUCCAAAGAAGAUUGGUGUGAUGCAGAUCUCAAGUGUAUUAUCAGAAGUGUAUGGGUCCAGUACAACUUCAUCCAGUCAAGAUAGCAUUCCCAUACAGCAGAAACUGGUGGUGUGUACUCUUCUGCUGAUGGUCAAGCAGGGCCGUAUGAAGGAAGUUACCAUGGGAAAGCUACAGGACACCUAUACAAAGGUGUGUAAAAAGAGACAGAUGGCCACACAUGACGAGUUCCAGGGUCUGUGCAGUCUUCUAGAGACACGAGGCAUUAUAGGCAUCAAAAAACCUAAAGAGGGACGACUAGCAAAGGUCUCAUUGAAGUUAAAUGAAAAGGAACUGGAACAUGCAUUACAGGACAAGGUGUUAAUAUCCUCCAUUCUACAGGAUGGUCUAUAA